AUGAAAGGUGGCAUUAUUGUACUAAUGACAGUUUUCGCAAUUAAUGCUUUCACAAUACAACGGAGCAAGAAGCAAGAGGAGCAAUCGCAACCAAGCAGAUUUCGUCAAUUCAUAAGAGGAGAAGCAGUUCCACAUCUACCGCAGUUUAAUCGAAUACCAUCUGUUUCGAAAUCGAAGUCUCUUGUUGUUCCUCCGAACACCGAAUUCAAUCCGUGCUCAACAUCCAACAAUAUCUGCUUUAAUGAUGGGAAGUGUGUGAAUAGAGACGGAAUGUUUACAUGUCACUGUCCAGCUACCCAUUAUGGAAAACGAUGUGAAAAGCUGGCAGACAUGAAAAAUUGCUUCAAUAAUAAAUGCAAAAAUAAUUCUGUAUGUGUCAGUCGUCCUUUCCCAAAAGAAGUUGUUGAUCGAAGUGAGCAGCCAGCAAUAAAGGCAAAAGACAAAGAAAGCUUUACAAUGAAAUUGGACUAUGAUUGUAUUUGUCUCGAAGGCUUUCUGGGUUCAUUCUGCGAAACCUCAGAUGCUGAACUAGAAUGUAAGGAAAACUAUUGCAUGAGUCAUGGUACAGGCACAUUACAAGGAAACAAUUGUACAUGUAAUUGUCAUUCAAACUAUAUUGGCAGUCGAUGUGAAACAGAAAAUCCGUGUGCAUCAAUUACUUGUUACAACUCGGGAAAGUGUGAACUCAAAAUAAACGAAGAGCAGGGUAUAGUAGAAGCUGUUUGUAAAUGUCCAAAAACUGAACUAAUUUCUACUCAAAUAACAGGCGAUUUUUGUGAAAUCAUAUCCCUGGAUGAUACAUUAGCUACUUCUCCCGGAGUGCCAUGUAUGAAUAACGGAAGUAGAAAACUAUAUGCCGAAUAUAUGGUACCAAGACUGACUGGAUUUGAAGAUAGGAAAUUUUUUAGCAGUCUGUUCCUACAAUGCACAACAGAAUCUGGUGAAAAUUGCCGAUUCCAUCCCAAACUUUCAACUGGCUGGUGUAUAGGCAAAAACGCAUUAUGUAACCCUCGAGUAGUGAAAUUUCCUUCCGGAUAUUAUUAUCUUGUUCCAUUCUGUCAAUGUGAUGGAGCAGAUUAUGGAAGACUAUGUGAAUUUCAUCGAGAAGAUGUCUGUGAUCCAACCAUGAAUGAUAAAGCCAAUGGGAUUACAAGAGAAAACCGAUGCACCAAUAUUGAUCAAGGCGUUUGUAUUGAUAUACUUGGAGAUCUGAAAUGCGAUUGUAGAAAAGGUUUUGUUGGGGAAGAAUGUGAAACAUACAAUCCUUGUGUUAGUAAUCCUUGCGGUGAAGCCGAAUGUGUUGCUAUCCCGUCCGAAGUUGUUGUGAACAGGCCUGGGCUAUACAAAGAGCUAUACAGGUGUCUUUGUGAUAUGAACUCCGAACGUUCUGAAGGCUCCACUUGUGUAUACAGCGGAACUGGCAACUGUUCUUCUCACGAUCGCUGCCAUAACGGUAUGUGCUUAACUUGCGAGGUUACUGAUGAAAACGAUGUACUUCAAUUGUGUACCGAACAACAGCUGAACGAUGGCUUCAGAUGUGUUUGUAAACCAGGCUUUCAACCUCCUUACUGCCAAGAUCUACAAGAUCCGUGUUUCACACAUUUGUGUGCCAAUGGUGGUCGUUGUAGGAAAACAUCCAAAUAUGAUUAUGAAUGCAUAUGUAAUCCUGGCACAAACGGAACAUUGUGUGAACAAGUUUACGAUUAUUGUUUAACAUAUGGCAUUAUGCAAUGCAUGAAUGGUGAAUGUGUUGAGGAUAUCUCAUCACUUCGAGGAUUUUCUUGCGCUUGUGACUACUCAUACUAUGGAAAAAAUUGUGAACUCAAAAUGGAAUCUGUUGUAGCAAUGCUUGAUUUGACAUUAAAGUAUUAUUGGUUUACUCUGCCAAUUUUAUCAAUUUUCAUUACCUGCGUAAUAUUCUUUGUUGCCUACAUGUGUUGCUCCACUACAUCACCAGAUAAAAGAGUUAUUAAAUCACUUACAAAGCAAAAAUAA